AUGCCACGACAAGCCCAGCACAUCGAGCGAGUCCGGAAGGCGACGCGUACCGUGCAACCAUCUUCUUCUUCUCUUCCCCUUUCCGCUCCCGCUCCUCCUCAAGCCCAUUCUGCCUCCGCCUCCGCUUCCACUUCCACCAAGAGCCGAGUGGCUCGUCCCCAGCCCCAGUCCCAGCCCGAGCCCAAGUCUAGUCGAGUGAUUAGAAACAAGGUGGGUAUGAAAGUGUCCGAGUCUGAGCCCGUCCCUGCCCCAAGCCAAGUGGCUUCUUCCCGACCAGAGCCGGCCGCUGCCCCUCGUUCUCGCAUCCCACGACCAGUGCCUGUGCCAAGUGGUACAGUCCUCCCUCCACUCUUUGCCCCUGUGCCCACCUACCUUAUUCGCUCGUUGAUCCCCAGACCCAAAGGGUUUGUUGCCCCCUCGUUCCCGCCCGCUCGUGUUCCCCAUGCUGCUUGUUGCGCUCGUUCUUGUGCCUCUGAUGAGGCGUCCACUCAUUUUGUCUCUUCCGAGACGUCCACUCGUUCUGCUUCUGAUGAGGUGUCCGUUCGUUCUUCUGCAGCUGAUGAUGUAUCUCCCCCUUCCCCCAAGCCCACUCCUACCCCCGGUUCCCGCAUCCCACGCCCCGUACCUGUGCCAAGUGGUACGGUACUUGAGCCCAUCUUUGCCCCUGUGCCUACCUACUUCAUUCGUUCGUUGAUUCCCCGACCCAAGGGGUACGUUGCUCCUUCAUUCCCCAGCCCUCCCCCUCCCAUUCUUGAUCGUUCCCGCAUCCCCAUUCCCGUGCCGGUACCAAGUGGUACUGUGCUUCCCCCUCUCCCCGCCCCUGCACCCAACUCUCGUCCUUCGCUUAUUCCCCGGCCAGUGCCUAACCCAGUCCCUCGUUCUACGCUUUACGGUUAUGUGCGCUGGCAGCCCAAGUCCAUUCUUUCCCACAGCGGCCAGAAGACCGAGCAAGUGCUCGGUAAGAAGGCCAAGUCUGUUCGCUUUGCGGAGGAGGCCGAGGAGAAGUCUUUCUCGAAACACCUCCCUCCAGUUGUUUCAAGUGGCUCUUUCAUCGACAUCUCCCCCUUCUUCCCCCAUCAUCCUCAACCCAGCGGUUGGUUCCCCUCCCUCUUCCCCCCCAUGGAUCCCAUCGCCCCCGCGCCGAGUGGCGUCUCCUCCCUCUUCCCCUUCCCUUCCCCCCCUCGCCAGCCCAGCGGCUGA